UUACUUUGUAUCUAUAUACAGCUUUCUUAUUCAAAUUAAGUAAUUCUUUUUAAAACAUUAAUUUGAAACUGCUAAAGCAGACUCAAGGACACACACACAAUUACGUCUGGAAACAGAAUGCAGUGUACCCCAUCUGAUUGGACAAGAGACAUUGGCAUUAAUUAUGGAAAUUAGGUGGGAGUUGAUUUUUUGGUUUUUAAAUAUCAUUUGGCACAAUGGCACAGUGACUAAGGACACACAUCAACCCUGAUGCAUGGACUGACUUGUGGUGUAUGGUAUGAAACUUCACAAUUUUUUUAUCUUCCUAUCAUCUUUGUUUCUUAAGAACAUUAAUGAUAUUUUGGUUACACAUGCUGAAGUAAAUAUUGUGUUUUCUCAAUGGAAAAUUGAAUUGCAGAAAUCAAGACACAUGGAAGCAGAAUUGCCUGUCAAUGGGACUUACACUGUUAAUGACAUGCAUCCCUGCUAUGAAUCAAAUAAUGUAACGUACAUAUUUACAAACAACCCUUCAAUAAUAUGUGUAUUAUUAUAUAUUUUCCUUGGUUCAUUGUCUCUUGUCACCAUAUGUGGAAACCUUCUUGUAAUAAUCUCCAUCAUUUAUUUCAAACAGCUACACAUCCCCACUAACUACCUCAUCCUCUCUCUGGCUGUGGCUGACCUGCUUGUAGGAGUUUUAGUCUUUCCUUUCAGCAUGGCAUUCACUGUAACCUCAUGUUCAUACUAUGAAGGUUUAUUUUGUAAAGUACGACGAUGUUUUGAUGUUACACUGAGCACAGCUUCUAUUUUAAACUUAUGUUGUAUUUCUAUUGACAGAUAUUACGCAGUGUGUCAGCCCCUGACAUAUAAAAGUAAAGUAAAUGAUCGUGUUAUCAUAAUCAUGAUCCUGGUGAGCUGGGGUGUUGCAGCUCUAAUUGGAAUUCGCAUCAUAAUUGCAGGUUUUAAUCAAGGACAUUGUGAGGAAGGUUGUUUAACUGAUGCUGUAAUAUCAACCACUCUGGCAUGUAUUUUCUCUUUUUAUAUCCCUGUCAUUAUAAUGCUUAGUAUCUACCUGAAAAUUUUCCUUGUUGCUCAGAGACAGGCAAACAGCAUCCACAACACAACAUGCCAGGGUGCAAAGUCUGGAGCAACUGUCAGUAAAAUGGAGAGAAAGGCCACCAAAACUCUGGCUACUGUUAUGGGAGUUUUCCUGUUAUGUUGGACUCCUUACUUUCUUUGUAUCAUCUUUCAGCCGGUAAUAUACAGUGGAACACCAAUUGCUGUGAUUGAAAUGCUUAACUGGCUGACACUGUCAAAUUCAAUGCUUAAUCCAUUCAUUUAUGCUUUCUUUUACAGCUGGUUCAGAUCAGCUUUCAGGUUGAUAAUUUCUGGGAAAAUAUUUCAAGGUGAUUUUGCUAACUCCAAACUCCUCUGA